AUGCCGGUCUAUCACAUUGUCCUCUUCCGCCUCAAGCCCGGGGUGACACCCGCUCAGUUGUCGACCUGGUCACAAACCUGCCAGGCCAUGGUAGGCAAGAUUCCAGGGCUUUUGUCUAUGCAAACAAACGCCCCGCUGCCGAUUUCGGUUCCCCGCGCGAAGGGGUUCGAUAUGGGACUGGUGGCAGUCUUGGAGACCGCGGAGCAUGUCGCGACGUAUGGGUUGCAUCCGGCGCAUUUAGAGGUCCACAAGAUGCGCGAGGAGUUAUGUGAAGAUACCCUGGCCUAUGAUCUGGAAUUUUGA